AUUCAGAUUUUCAUGGGUCACGAAAGCGCCUUUUUAAUCAUUAAAAAAAUAAGAGGUGGGGGGCAAGUAACAAAGCCCAGACAGCUGCCCGGUGUGGUCAGCCCAUCCCCACCAACCCCGCGCAAGAGCAGGUGGCUGGGGAAAGGCGCUCACCCCCUGGCCGAAUCUCCAAACACCUUUCACAUUUUCAUUUCAUCCCAGAGGAUCAGAGGGGAAAGACCUUCCCGGCGAAGACAGAACAGGACAACUUAACAAUGACUGGUUAUUGAUCUGUUACUAAUAAUAAGUUAAUUUACAAAUGACUUUCUAAGCUCUUAAGCUACAACCUCGGCAGAACUGGUCAGGCCUGGUCCCAUUUACAGAUGCAGACAGGGAGGCCCCGGGGGGUCGGGCGGCACCUGCAGGGACAGCUGAUGGGAACUCCUCGGGACCCAGGGGCUGGGCCGGCCGCUCACAGCCAGUGGGCGCCCGGGUCCUGCGGGGCGAGGGGAGGAGGCCGCGGCCCGGGCCUUCCGGGCGCCUUGCGGGGAGGAAACGAGCCGGGGGCGGGUUCUCAGCGAGCCCGGCCCUCGGGCGACGGAGCGCGGCUUCCCGGAGGCCGAGCGCGGCCAUGGCGCUCAUGCUGGCGGCGCUCCGCAUCCUGCUGGGCGGCUUCUUCAUGCUCACCGGGGCCGCCAAGCUCUCGCCCGUCGCGGCCCCGGUGUCGCAGCAGUUGAAAGUCCUGUUCACACGGUUUGCCGAGGUGUGCCCGCUGAAGUUGUUUGGCUACCAGCCAGAUCCCAGGAGCUACCAGACCGCCGUGGGCUGGCUGGAGCUGCUGGCUGGGGCGCUGCUGGUCGCCGGCCCACCGCUGCUGCAAGGCAUCAGUACCUUGCUCCUGAUCUUGCUCAUGAUGGGGGCCAUCUUCACUUUGGUGUCUCUGGAAGAAUCCCUGAGCACCUGCAUCCCGACCCUCGUCUGCCUGGGGCUCCUGCUGCUGCUGGAUGCCUGCCGGCUCUUAGCCCAACCCCAGCAGGCACUCAGACCCAGCAGGAAGAAGACGGCGGCUCCGCGCGCGUUCAGGGAAUCAUGGGAGUAGAGGCUCUGCCUGAUCGCGCCGUGCCACCCUCACAGCAGGAACAUGGGACAGAGUCUGCUCCUUGUUACAAAUAUGCCCAAGGCCACUGGUGUGGAAAGAGACAUCUCGUCUACCUGGCCCUGCACACUUGAACUUUACUGUUCUCUGUGGAGUACAUGUUACAUGGACUCACAUUCCUCUUGUCACGUGAAACAAGCACCCCGAAUAACCACCUUAAAUCCCUUGGUAUAACUGUACCGUUCAACUUUUUUCCUGUGCCUUUAUACAGAUAGGUAUUUUUUUAAGGAAGGUGAAGCCAUUAUAUCCCACUUCAUUAUCCACUUUUAAAGCCUAAUACACUGCUACUGCA